UCAUCAGGCCCUUCUCACAUUAUUAUGAUGACAGUAGCUGGGAUCUGCAGCUUCUUGAAAUAAAAGGAUUUCACGCAACAACUCCCAUCUUCAAUGCUAGAUGAGGGCUCAACAGUGAGAGCUGAGAGGAACAAUUAAAUCUAUCUAGUCAGUUCUGGUCUAGUGUACUGUUUUCCCUCAUGCAUACCAUUUUCAAUAGAGAUGUUCUGUAAGUGAUUAUCAGGAGAAUAAUGAUCUACCACGUUGGAUUUUUACAUAUUGAUGUAUUUGUUAAUGUGUAGUUACGGUUGUCUGUAGCUGAAAGUUGGGGCUCAGGACAAGUUUGUGCCCUCUGUAGCUCUGGUGUUCAACAAGUGCCAUUCUUUUCCAUUGAUGAAUCUGCUUUAGUGCUACUGUCAACGUGGUAUCAAAUUUCAUCAUGCCAUUUUGCUGUUACUUUAUAUAAAUAUAACAAGCCCUUGUUAUGCCCUGGCAUCUUUAGUGUGCAUGGAUCAUAUUUAGUUCAUUCAACUUGGCUAUCAAGGAAGCGCAUCUAUACUUUCUAUCAAUGCUUGAUUAUAGUUUACGUUGUAUCUUCUCAAUGUUCGGUGCUUUUAUAUGUUCAAGGAACUGAUGGCAAGAGGCCAAAAUCUUCGCGAAAAGUUGCAAGUUUUUUUUUCUUGAAGUUGGCCCUGUGCACGUAAAGCAUCAAGAUUUCAAGAAUUCACUUUUUGUUUCUCAUGCUGCGGAUUGACUGAUGCUGUUGUAUAUUGUGGCUCCAAAUACAUUCAAAUGGAUAUGAACUAACAUCUUUCAUAUUGGAUAUAUUAAACAACAUGGUUGUAAUAUACAGAGAAUGCACAUAACUUGCAUAUCCGGAUGAUAGGGCUUCAAAAGCUGUGUUAUCUUUGCUAUUUUGCCAAGUGAAAAUGAAAAUAGAAAUAUAUGAUAUGUCACGUGUUUGCCACUCUUCAAGAGGAACAAGCUUUCAUAUUAUAAGAUUGUGUGUGCAGUCUUUCCCCUAGGAUGUUCCAUCGAGAAUUCAACUUUCAAGUACAUUUUCUUGACCUACAACAGACUUCAGUGAUUGUCCAAUAAAAAUUAUUUUCUCAAAAGCUUGAAAACUCGGUUAAUAUCAAGAUGUCUGUGAAGAUGGAUCAUUUGACGUUGAACGUGAAGGCACUGAUAACGUCGCCUCAGUUUAUGAGGAAGGCUUACAACACUCCAAAGAUUGUCAUCAACAAUGAGGAAUUGGACCUGUCAGGAAGCAGGAAUUCCUUACACGGAUCGGACUACGGUUCUUCUCCUGGUUCCCAUCUUGGACUUCCAUCGUCACCCAGGGGAUACCCAGACGGCGACCUAACUCUUAGGCCGCGGAGCAUGAAAACAAAGCGCGGUGGGAACUUGGGUGAACCUCCUGCCAGACCUGCUAGCGUGGCUGUUAUGUCCAGCGGUGGACCGCUGACCGCUGGAUAUCGCCUAUCUAAAAGCAACUCAUCGACCAGUAUAAACUCUGUCUCUGAUUGUAUGGAGACACAGAUUGUUAAUCAGGAGGAGAUCCUCCAACUCACCAGGGAUGUCCGCAACUUCUCGGAGGCACUCAACCAACUCAAGAGUGUCUUCAACCACGAUGGUGGAGAACGAACCGAGACCAUCCGAGUGGCUGCCCACGAGAGGCUACGAGAUCUUCUCAACAUCCUGCGAGGUAUCCUGGACAAGUAUACUGCUCUCAAAUCAACCGAUAUACACACAGCAGCUGUUGUACUCAUAGCCCAAAUCAAAGGUCUGACAAGCAAUAAUGAAGAGAAAGACAAAGGACAUUUCUUUGAGGCAAUUGAUGCCUUGGCACAAGCGUUCAGUAACAGUGUUACCGAGUAUCUGAUGGGCGAUACUGAGCAGGCUACGUUACAUCUAGGAUAUCCGGCUUCUAAGUCAUGUGAGAGCUUGGUAUCACUGAACAGUAAUCCAGACUACAUCGGACCAGCCUAUACCAAAUCAGAUACAGCCAGCGAUGUCAGAGAAGGAAGUCAAUUGAAUUCAGAAGAGAUUGACGCGUGGUUGAUGAACCUAGAAGCAGGAGUAGACCUCGCCCUGGAACGAGCUAAGGCCUGGUCUAAAUAUGCCAAAGAUGUCAUCCUGUAUGUAGAGAAGAGAGUCCAUCUUGAGAUGGAGUUUGCAAGAAGUCUGUCAAAACUCGCUGCUACAACUCGUCCAAUACUCAGAGAAGAGACGUAUCUUCCUUUCCAAUCAACGUAUCUCAUGUCACUAGAACAUGACAUUGAAUACGCCACAAACUGCGAGGCUACCUACACUCACAUACAAGGCCACAAGUUUGUUGAGCAAUUAGAUGCAAGGAGGGCAGAACACGACAAGAAAAGAAAAUCAAUAAGGCUUCAAUGGAAUACGGUCAAGAAAGAAAUGACUGAAUGUCGCAUGAACCUCGAGAAGUCACGUCAGCUUUACUACUCAAGAUAUCACGAAUACGAGAGAGCGAAGGAAGCCACAGCGAAGAUAGAGAACGAAAUGAUGAACUCGAGUGGAGGAACUCACCAUCCAAAGUUGGAUAAAAGAAAGAGGGCAGAAGACGAAGCCUUGGGGAAGGCGCAAGAAGCAGAAACAACGUAUAAAGCCUGCGUAGCAGAGACUAACAACAAACAACAAGACAUGCUACGAGUCAAGCAAAAAUUGUUGGUACAACUCAGAGAAAUCAUCUUCAUGUGCGACCAGACCAUGAAAGCAGUGACACAUAGUUACUUCCAGAUGCAACACACACUAUCUGCGCCAGCACCAAUACAGUUUCAAACCCUUUGUGAGCAGAUCCGGUCUUACGAACCCGGCCUUCAGUUCAGCCAUUACGUCAAACAUCACAAGAGGUUCAUGACGGGGCAUGCAUUACAAGACACAGAGCCGCUGGUGUUUGAGCCGUAUAACAAUGCGAGUUCGCUGCAGAGAGAGAGGAAGACAAGCUCGCAGUCGUACGAUAGCUUUGAGGAUGAUAAGAUGUUCCUUCGUAACAGGUCCGACUCCGGAUCAAGACGAUCGGAUAAAUCUCAGAGGAUGCAGGCGUGGCAGGCCCAUCCUGUCAGUGACUCUGAGAGUAUCAGCGGCAGUUCUACCAAGUCAGCAUCGCCAUCGGCUAGUCCUAGGAAUGGACCAAGGGUCAUCGGCAGGGAUACGGGGGGUGCGCUCUCCUCGGGCGAUGAGCUAGGGGACGACGCCCCACCUGUUGUCGUCAACAGCAGACCCAACAGACUGAUUGAACCGAUUCCAAACGCAUUCAAGAACUUGACCCUCUCCAAGGCUGCCCUGACGCACAUGAUCAGGAAGCUCCGUACCCCAUCGAAGUGCCGCGAGUGCGAGAGCUACGUCUACUUCAACGGGGCGGAAUGCGAGCGGUGCGGACUGGCUUGCCACAAGAAGUGCCUGGAGUCCCUGGCCAUCAACUGCGGUGGCAAGCGGCUCAUGGGCAAGAUGAACGUCUUCGGGGUGAACUUGUCGGAACACCUGAGGGCGACAGGCAGGGAGGUGCCCUUCAUCGUGACCAAGUGCAUCUCAGAGAUUGACAAGAAAGCUUUGCAAGUCAAGGGUAUCUAUAGGGUUGCAGGGUUAAAGGUCAAAGUUGAGAAGCUGUGUCAAACCUUUGAGAACGGUGCCGACCUCGUUGACCUCUCGGAGAGUCCCCCACAUCUCAUUACCAGUACACUCAAGCUUUAUCUGAGACAGCUCCCCGAACCACUGUUGACCUUUAACCUUUACCCAGACUUCAUAGCAGCAGCCAAAGAGUUCCCUCAGAAGGAGGGUGUGGUCUAUGACGAUGCGGAGGUCAUUGCCAGGUUCAAGCAGGUCGUCAACAAACUCCCCCAACUCCACCACAACACAGCCAAAGUUCUCAUGUAUCACUUAAAAAGGGUAUCGGAUGAACCUCUGAAUCACAUGUCUGGUAGUAAUCUUGGCAUCGUCUUUGGACCAACUCUACUCAAACUAAGAGAUGCUAAUGCUUCGUCACUGGAUGCACUCAUUGACAUGAACCACCACACGAGGGCGAUAGAGCUUAUGGCGUUAUAUCCAGAGAUCUAUGGACCUCAAGAAACACCGGUCGAAGACUUCCAAAGAGAUGAGGCUCAUUCUCCAAAUGAUAUCCACAGAGGUCACGCUCUGAACCAAAGUUCAAACAACUCAACCCAUCUGACGAGCUCCACCGCCACCCCGUCUCCGUCAUCAUCGUCACAUUCCAUGGGGUUCACCUUACCCGGGAGCAGCGAGGAUCAAGGCGAUCAUCCGGACAGGAGGAGAAGGAACAGACACGCCCAACCUGUCAAGAACGGACACAGCAGUGAUGAGGAUGGUUCAGGAAGUGAUGGUGAAAGUCAUCAUAUCAAAACACCCCACUCACCAAACAAACCAACUCUCCUGCAGCUGUCGGGCGGAUCAUCACAGGAGAGGUCCGGUGAGCCAGGAGGGUACAUCCCCAGCGCCUAUACCAACCAGCAGCCACAGAGGAAGGGCGCAAGUGCGACCACGCCCUCGUCACCAGGAGGCGACGCUACCAGUCAAAAGCAAGCCAAGGGUGGCCAGAAACUGGACCCCGGAAAUCCCGACCAGACGACGCAGAGGCGGCGAAGCAGGGAACCUCGGUUCGUGUGACGCACCGAAGAAAAGUCCUCUAUGGUUCACAUGAUGUUCUUGUUUCGUGAGAAUGGUUCCGAACAUUAGGUACCAUUUGCAAGUCAGGGAUAUGCCAUGCUUCCUUCUAAUGAUGUAGAAAUCGCCAUAUCAUGUGACCUUUGAACUUUGAGUCCAAGCAGCAUGGCCAUUCUCCCAUGCAUGCUUUUAUAGAUUGAAGGCUGGACCUUGUCUCGAACAUUCAUUGAUUAUCAUAAUAUUUUAGGAUCCAAUCUUUUUUUUUUUAUUUAUCUAUUAAAAUCAUCUCAAGCUUAAUGUAAGUUUAAUAACAGAAAACUUGUAUAUGAAUGAUAUUGGAAUCUUCUUCCAGCGGUGGUUUUGAAACGGAAAUGUAUGGUACAUUUGCCUAUAUUAUGAUAGUUGCCAGAGAUGUAUUUUUUGUCUCAGAAAGUAUAUUGUUGAUUUAGUAUGCUUUGUAUGAACAGAUUGGUAUGAAUGUAUGUUAGUGGUUUAGAAUGAAAGACAGAGAGAGAAAAUGAAGGAGAAAUACAGAGAGGGAGAGAGAGAGAGAGAGGGAGAGACAAGGGGAUAAAUACAGAGAAAGGGAGAGAGAGAAAGAAGAGAGAUAGGGAGAAAGGCUAUGUUGAAAACAAGAGAAGAAAGUGAGAAAAAAAAGAGAAAAUAAUAUUUAAACAAACAGAACCCUAUUCUCUUGUAUAUGAUGCAAUUUGGAGAAAUUUGCAUAGAAGUAUCUGGGUAGUGUUUCGUAAAACUGUUCGUGAAGUUGCACACAACUUUCCUCAAUGCCAAGUCAGCUACAUAGGGAUGUAUUUUAUAAUAGCAGAAAGGGAUAUGAGUUGUGCGUAAAGAUGUUCGUAACUUACAAACAGCCUUAUGAAACCGGCCACCAGAAUAUAUCUUCAUGUCUAUAGGAGCUAUCAAUUGAUGUAGUGCAGUAGGAAUUCUGAAUAAGUACCAGUUAUUGCCAGCUUUACCAUAUUUCUACUGCAUCUAUUCUCACCUAAAGCUAUUUCCGAUGUCUUCCACUGGUAGCAGCUAUCAAAUGUUUCAUUGUUUUUAACUCUUUUCAAGUGAAUACAUGCAUUUUAGUUGAGAAAUAUGCUUCUGAGAUUUCUGUUGGAAAAAAUCCAGCUCUGACUUUGGUUAGCUAUAUAUAAAAUAGAGAGUUUUCGCAACUACCACUCAAACGCUUUCUGGAACAUAAGACAAUCUAUUUUCAAAAUCACUUUAUGGCAAAGCAGUCUUUUGGCGCGUUUCUGCAGAGAAUGGUGAAAAACUGUAUAUAUUUUCCGGUAUCGAAAAACCGUAUCGUCCUUAAACCGACCUGUUUCUUCAGAGCAAAUAAUCCGAUUAACAGGGCAAUAACCACCUCCCAGAGGUGGUUAUGAGGAACCGUAUUUUGCACGAUGCGGUUUAUCAGUAAACUAAAUCGGUCUGUUUCUACAGGGAAGUUUUCUGGAAUUCUGAAUACUUACGCGGGUAAUACCAUUUAAUGAUUCUCUGUAGAGACACGCUGUUAGUCGCAAAUCAGUGAAUCAAAACUGCAGUUUCGUCCAUGACUCUGGACAAACGAUAUAUUUGCAGUUUUUCGUCAGCUCCUUUUCUUGGGACGAUCUGCUCUUCCGGAUCACCAACUUUCGACAAAGCCCUCUCGGCUGUCCAUUGCGAUUUGACCAGCAUUUUCAAUACAUGUACUAUGCUGUAGAAUCGGUCCCUGUUGCAAUUACGAAAACUCUCUUUUGACACAGAUCAGAACACACCAAUCUUCAUAAUGAAGAUCAGUCAGUCAUGCUUAAAUGACAAUUAGUCCUGAAUAAUAACCUGAUGAAAAUUGAGAUUCUCUCUAACCAUUCAUAUCAAACCACUGAUUGCAGUUUAGCUUAGUGUUUCACGCUGAAAUCUGUAUGUGUUUUCAACCAGAAUUCAUGUGUGUGUUAACAGUACACAACUAGACCUUAUAUACAUAUUUUAAUAUGGCAAUUUAUUGUUACAUCAUCCAUGUUGGGGGAUUUAUCUUGACAGUAAAUUCAUGGUUCUUAAAGGCCACCGUACACCUUACAGGUAGUCCAGAUCCGAUUUUGGAACAAUUUUGCUCAUUUUAUCUUUUUAUUUGAGGUUCAAAUUAAAUGCAAGAACACUAACAUAACAAUUUUGGAUGAUUGCAAGCCUUUAUUUUGAUGUAAAGGCCAAUUAAUAGAUUGCUAUGACGUCAUUAUGACUAGAUAUUAAGUUUGCUUUUAUUCUAAUAAGGAUAUCAGAGUCACAGAUUUAUAGUUAUUUGUUAGAACUUUACACAGUAAGAUCUGCCAUGUCUCAAUAUAAGCAUUAAAUUCUAGUACAUUUUAUUCCAAAAUCGGGUCGCAGAGUAGUCAUAAGGUGUGUGGUGGCCUCAAGAAGAAACAAAAAAAGCUGUUCUAUUUAGCUUUACAUUGAUAACCCAAAUCAUAUCGGUGCUGGUAUACAUUAUGUUGAAGCUAUGACUACCCCAUUUCUCUAGUAUUCUCUCUUUCUCUGACCGCUUUCUAUUUCAUUUUUUUCUUUCUUUCUCUCCUUUCUUUCCUUCCUCAGUUUGAACUCUUUAUGUAAUACUACUCUCUCUGUUUAGCUUUUCUUCUCAUUUCUCUCUUUCUUUCUUUCAAUUGAAUAUAUUUUUUGUCAUAACCCCACUGCCUAUUAAAGAAGACAGCCAUUCUCUGUGCGACUUUUAUCAUAUUUUAUCUUAUGCUUUAAUAGAUUACACCAUGUGCAAUGUUUAUGAUUAACAUAGUAUUUAUGUAAAAUAUGUGUCAUAUUUUGAUAGUACUCUAA